AUGUCCGCCUACAGUACAGAGGACUUUGGCGGGAGUGCACUGUGCUUAGGGGACGUUGUGCGCUGGUACAAGGGACCUAGCGGCGGCCAAUCUGAGACAGGCAUAUGCGUGUGCAGUGGCUCGUACACGUCAAACACCAUCCAUCCUGCAUCUGUAUCAGCAGUAAUGCCCAAAGAGAUGCGCGUCAGUCCAUGGCGGAGCGUCGGGCGCUCAACAUUGGACCGCGAUGCGCUCUUUCAGAUGCACAAGACUGGUGACGAGCCUGGCCACGUUUUGCUCCGUCCGCACCAGGAACCGGUUUGGGCCUCUGAUGGGUAA